UUUUCUUUCAGAUCAUUUUACCUUAGUGAAACUGGCAAUUGAACUUUCCUCUAGUUGAUGAGCAUAAUUUCUCCAAAACUAUUCAGCAUCCUAAUUUCAUCCUAAUUGAGAAUAUUCAAAUGCCAUAAGAGAUCUUCACAGAUUUGCACUUAGCUUUUGAAUGGGCAUUUUUACAAUGGAUAGAACUGUGUUAUAACUUUGUUCAAGGACACUACCAUCUAAGGUCCAUUGACUACGGGUGGGUGUGGAAAGUUUCAAAGAGAAGAAGUUCUGAGCAAGUUUGCACACACAUUAGAACAUGGAAGCAAGCAAGCUUUAAAAAUCACAGAUUUGAAGACACUCCAUGAGACUAGACAGCAUAUAAGUGAACUAGUACUUAAGACCUUGUGUAACAAAAUGGACACUGGGGACACAGCUCUAGGACAAAAAGCUACCUCAAGGUCUGGAGAAACUGAUAAAACUUCAGGUAGAUGGAGACAAGAACAAUCAGCUAUUAUUAAGAUGAGCACUUUUGGCAGUCAAGAAGGACAGCAGCAAACACAAAUUGAUCCUGAGCAAAUUGGAAACACAGCAUCAGCACAACUGUUUGGUUCUGGGAACCUAGCCUCGCCCAGUGAAGUGGCACAGCAAAUCACAGAGAAGCAAUACCCACUGCACUGUCCUAGUCCUUAUUCAUGCCAACAUUCACUUUCUUUCCCUCAACACUCAUUGCCACAGGGGGUCAUGCACAGCAACAAGCCACAUCAGAGCCUCGAAGGCCCUCCAUGGCUUUACCCUGGCCCUUUGCCAUCUGUUGCCUCUGAGGACUUAUUUUCUUUUUCUAUACCUGGCCACACUGGUGGUUACCCUAGAAAAAAGAUUUCAGGUCUCAACCCUGCUUAUAGCCAAUAUUCCCAGAAAAGUAUCGAACUGUCUGAAGAUGCUCACAAGAAAGAGCACAAACCCAAAAAACCUGGCAAGUACAUUUGCCCAUACUGCAGCAGGGCAUGUGCCAAACCAAGUGUACUGAAGAAACACAUCAGGUCCCAUACUGGUGAGCGGCCAUAUCCUUGUAUACCUUGUGGUUUCUCUUUCAAAACAAAAAGCAAUUUGUACAAGCACAGGAAGUCACAUGCCCAUGCAAUUAAGGCAGGAUUAGUCCCUUUCACAGAGUCAGCUGUAUCUAAAUUGGACCUGGAGGCUGGUUUUAUUGAUGUAGAAGCAGAAAUACAUUCAGAUGGUGAACAGAGUACAGACACAGAUGAAGAGAGUUCUUUAUUUGUGGAGGCCUCUGACAAAAUGAGUCCUGGCCCACCAAUCCCAUUGGAUAUCACCAGCAGAGCUGGCUAUCAUGGGUCAUUAGAAGAAUCACUGGGAGGGCCAAUGAAGGUGCCGAUUUUGAUUAUUCCUAAAAGUGGGGUUCCUUUAUCUAGUGAAAGCUCUCAGUAUAUUGGCUCUGAUAUACUACCAAAUCCAUCUUUAAAUGCUAAGGUUGAUGACUCUCAUACAGUUAAACAAAAACUUGCGCUAAGACUGUCAGAGAAAAAAGGACAAGAUUCUGAGCCAUCUCUAAACCUUCUGAGCCCGCACAGUAAAGGAAGCACUGACUCUGGUUACUUCUCUCGCUCAGAAAGUGCAGAGCAGCAAAUAAGUCCUCCAAACACAAAUGCAAAGUCAUAUGAAGAAAUCAUCUUUGGAAAAUACUGUCGACUUAGUCCAAGAAAUACACUCAGUGUUACAGCCACAAGCCAAGAGCGCAUGACAAUGGGUAGGAGAGGCAUGAUGGAAUCAUUACCUCAUGGAAACACCAGGUUAGAUGUUAAGAUGUUUGAGGAUCCAGUUUCUCAGUUGCUUCCAAGCAAGGGAGAAGUCGACCCCAGUCAAACAGGCAUGCUAAAAUCUACUAAAUUCAACAAUGAGUCAAGACAAUCCCAGAGUAUCCCCUCACCAAUCAGGAAUGAAGGAAAACUUUAUCCAACAAAUUUCCAAGGCAGCAACCCAGUUCUCUUAGAGGCUCCUAUAGAUUCUUCACCCCUUAUUAGAAGCAAUUCAAUGCCAACUUCUUCAGCAACUAACUUAACUAUUCCUCCAUCUUUAAGAGGAAGUCACUCAUUUGAUGAAAGGAUGGCUGGGUCUGAUGAUGUGUUCUAUCCAGGGACAGUAGGGAUCCCCCCUCAGCGCAUGUUGAGAAGACAAGCAGCAUUUGAGUUGCCUUCAGUGCAGGAGGGGCACAUGGAAGCAGAACACCAUGGCAGGAUGUCAAAGACUGUUACAGGAUCAUCCUUGAAGGAAAAGAAAUUGAUUCCUGGGGACAGAGUUGGAUAUGAUUAUGAUGUCUGCCGGAAACCCUAUAAGAAGUGGGAAGACCCUGAAACACCUAAACAAAGCUAUAGAGACAUAUCUUGCCUAAGUGCUUUAAAACAUGGUGGGGAAUAUCUUAUGGAUCCCUCGGUGCCAUUACAGGGAGUGCCAACCAUGUUUGGAAUUACCUGUGAAAAUAGAAAACGCCGGAAAGAAAAGAGUGUAGGUGAUGAGGAGGACACACCCAUGAUUUGCAGCAGUAUAGUCAGCACACCUGUGGGCAUAACAGCUUCAGAGUAUGAUCCCAAACUGCAGAUGCCAGAAGGAGUGAGAAGUGGAUUCCCCAUACCUGGGUAUGAGAACCCAUCUCAUGGACAUGCUGAGCGCUUUGACCCAUGCCGACCCCAACUGCAAUCUGGGAGUACAUCUCUUGGGUCAGAGGAGUCACCUUCGGGCACUGAAUCUGACAAGGUGUCAGAUGUAGGGGGAAGGAAACCUCCUGGAAAUGUGAUUUCUGUGAUUCAGCACACAAACUCACUGAGCCGACCCAAUUCAUUCGAAAGGUCUGAGUCAGCUGAGCUCGUGGGAAGCACACAGGAUAAAACCUCUUCGCCUUCUGAAACCUGUGACAGUGAGAUUUCAGAAGUGCCCGUGAGUCCAGAGUGGGCUCCACUGGGAGACAGUGCAGAAAGUGGGGGGAGACCAUCCCCUUCUCAGCAGGUUCAGCAGCAGUCCUAUCAUGCUCAGCCCAGGCUGGUUCGCCAGCACAAUAUUCAGGUCCCAGAGAUUCGAGUAACUGAGGAGCCUGACAAACCAGAGAAAGAGAAAGAAACACAAAAUAAAGAGCCAGAAAAACCUGUGGAGGAAUUUCAGUGGCCCCAGAGAAGUGAGACUCUCUCUCAGCUCCCCGCAGAGAAGUUACCUCCCAAAAAGAAACGCCUGCGACUUGCAGAUAUGGAACACUCUUCAGGGGAGUCCAGCUUUGAGUCCACUGGAACAGGCCUCUCUCGCAGCCCCAGUCAAGAAAGCAACUUGUCCCAUAGCUCCAGUUUCUCAAUGUCUUUUGAAAGAGAAGAAACUGUUAAGCUUGGUGCAUCUCAUAAGCAGGAUGAGUUUGGAAAACAUUCAGAGUUUUUGACGGUCCCUGCUGGUUCUUACUCCUUGUCUGUUCCAGGCCACCAUCACCAAAAAGAAAUGCGUCGUUGCUCAUCAGAGCAGAUGCCUUGUCCUCACCCAACUGAAGUCCCAGAAAUUCGGAGCAAAUCAUUUGAUUAUGGGAAUCUAUCCCAUGCUCCAGGAUCAGGGGUGACAUCCUCCACUUUGUCCCCAUCACGGGAGAGGAAGAAAUGCUUUCUGGUGCGGCAGGCUUCCUUCAGUGGCUCUCCAGAGAUCACCCAGGGUGAGGCUGGUACAGAUCCGGGCGUGAAGCAGGAGCAGAUGGAACAGCUGCAUGCUGGCCUCAGGUCCACUUGGCACCACACCCCAUGCUCUGUACUCCCUCCUCUUCAGCCAGAGGAUCCAGGGAAGCAGGUUGUGGGGCCUUGUACCCCAAUGGGCUCAGGUCCACUCCACCUGGCCCAACAACAGAUCAUGCACAUGGAUAGUCAGGAAUCUCUGAGAAGCCCCUUGAUACCACCAACGUCCUAUAUCACAAGCAAACAUUUGUCUGAACAUCCACAUUUAUUUCCACAUCAAGAGUCUAUUCCAUUUUCUCCCAUCCAGAAUGCCUUGUUUCAGUUUCAAUAUCCAACUGUCUGUAUGGUUCAUUUACCAGCUCAGCAGCCUCCCUGGUGGCAGGCACACUUCCCACAUCCCCUUGCUCAACACCCUCAGAAGAGCUAUGGCGAGCCUUCUUUCCAGGCAGAAAUUCAUCCUCCCUAUCCCUUAGAGCAUGUUGCAGAGCACACUGGAAAGAAAUCUGCUGAUUAUGCACAUGCAAAAGAGCAAACUUAUCCCUGUUACUCAGGAACAGCAGGGCUACACUCAAAGAAUCUUCUUCCAAAGUUUCCAUCAGACCAGAGUGCUAAGUCAACUGAUACUCCCUCAGAACAGGUGGUUCAAGAAGAUUUCACCUCAGCAAAUCCUGGGUCUUUACAGUCCUUACCAGGAACAGUGGUUCCAGUUAGGAUCCAGACUCAUGUGCCGUCCUAUGGAAGUGUCAUGUACACAAGCAUUUCUCAGAUACUUGGGCAGAAUAGCCCUGCAAUUGUCAUAUGUAAAGUUGAUGAGAAUGUGACUCAAAGAACCCUUGUAACCAAUGCAGCCAAGCAAGGGAUAGGGUUUAAUAUUGCCCAGGUACUGGGUCAGCAUGCAGGCUUGGAAAAAUACCCCAUCUGGAAAGUACCUCAGACCUUACCCCUUGGUUUAGAAUCCACAAUCCCCUUGUGUUUACCUUCCACCUCUGACAGUGUGGCUACCCUGGGAGGCAGCAAACGGAUGCUUUCUCCAGCCAGCAGCUUAGAGCUCUUCAUGGAAACAAAGCAACAGAAAAGGGUCAAAGAUGAAAAGAUGUAUGGACAAAUUGUUGAAGAACUUAGUGCUGUGGAGCUAACCAACUCAGACAUCAAAAAGAAUCUCUCUCGCCCACAGAAACCCCAACUGGUUCGACAAGGAUGUGCUUCUGAGCCAAAAGAUGGUUUACAGUCAGGAUCAUCUUCAUUCUCUUCACUAUCUCCCUCCUCAUCUCAAGACCACCCUUCAGCUAGCACACCCUUGAGGGAGUCAUUCCCAUCUGGUUCUAGAGCGCCCCUUCUUGGACAGAAGUCCAGUGGACCUUCUGAAAGCAAAGAGUCCUCAGAUGAAUUAGAUGUUGAUGAAACAGCAUCUGAUAUGAGCAUGAGCCCACAGAGUUCUUCAUUACUACCAGGAGACAGUCACCUUGAAGAACAAAGAAAGGGCCAGAAGCCACCUGUUGGUAUGCUGGUGCACAUGGCCUCAGGCCCCAGCGGGAAAGUGGCAAACUCAACCCUCCUUUUCACUGAUGUGGCAGAUUUCCAGCAAAUUCUUCAGUUCCCUAGUCUUCGGACAACUACUACUGUGAGUUGGUGCUUUCUAAAUUAUACAAAACCUAAUUAUGUACAACAGGCCACCUUCAAGUCUUCAGUUUAUGCUUCAUGGUGCAUUAGUUCCUGUAAUCCAAACCCAUCAGGAUUGAACACCAAGACCACACUAGCUCUUCUAAGAUCCAAGCAAAAAAUCACCACAGAAAUUUAUACUUUGGCUGCUAUGCACAGACCUGGAACCGGCAAGCUUACGUCAUCAAGUACUUGGAAGCAAUUUGCUCAGAUGAAACCCGAUGCACCCUUUUUGUUUGGCAGUAAACUAGAAAGGAAAUUAGUGGGGAAUAUCUUAAAGGAAAGAGGGAAAGGAGAUAUUCAUGGAGAUAAAGAUAUUGGAUCCAAACAGACAGAGCCAAUCCGAAUUAAAAUCUUUGAAGGAGGGUAUAAAUCAAAUGAAGAUUAUGUGUAUGUCAGAGGACGUGGACGUGGAAAGUACAUUUGUGAAGAAUGUGGAAUUCGCUGUAAGAAGCCAAGUAUGCUCAAAAAGCAUAUCCGCACUCAUACUGAUGUACGGCCUUAUGUAUGCAAACUAUGUAACUUUGCCUUCAAAACAAAAGGAAACCUAACAAAGCAUAUGAAAUCUAAAGCACACAUGAAAAAAUGCCUGGAGUUGGGUGUCUCAAUGACAUCAGUGGAUGAUACAGAAACUGAGGAAGCAGAAACAAUGGAAGAUUUGCACAAAGGAGCUGAGAAACAUAGCAUGUCCAGCAUUUCAACUGAUCACCAGUUCUCAGAUGCUGAAGAGUCAGAUGGUGAGGAUGGAGAUGAUAAUGAUGAUGAUGAUGAAGAUGAUGAUGACUUUGAUGACCAGGGAGAUUUGACACCAAAAACAAGAUCAAGAAGCACUAGUCCACAGCCUCCUAGAUUCUCUUCCUUGCCUGUGAAUGUUGGCACUGUACCCCAUGGAGUUCCUUCAGAUACUUCUUUGGGUCAUUCUUCAUUGAUCAGCUAUUUGGUUACUUUGCCAAGUAUUCAGGUUACUCAGCUUAUGACACCAAGUAAUUCCUGUGAAGAUACCCAGAUGACAGAAUACCAGAGGUUAUUCCAGAGUAAAAGUACAGAUUCGGAACCAGACAAAGACAAGUUAGACAUACCUAGUUGUAUGGAUGAAGAAUACAUGCUGUCUUCGGAACCAAACUCCUCUCCAAGGGACUUCUCACCUUCAAGCCGCCAUUCCUCACCAGGAUAUGAUUCUUCACCCUGUCAGGAUAAUUCACCAAAGAGGUAUCUGAUACCCAAAGGAGAUUUAUCACCCAGAAGACACUUAUCACCUAGGAGAGAUCUCUCACCCUUGAGACAUCUUUCACCAAGAAAGGAAGCUGCAUUGAGAAGAGAGAUGUCACAAAGAGAUAUUUCGCCAAGAAGGCAUCUGUCCCCAAGAAGGCCAGUAUCACCUGGAAAAGAUAUCUCAGCAAGAAGAGACCUCUCUCCCAGAAGAGAGAGAAGAUACAUGACCAGCAUUAGAGCACCAUCUCCUAGAAGGGCUUUAUACCACAACCCGCCAUUGUCCAUGGGGCAGUAUUUGCAAGCAGAGCCAAUUGUAUUGGGGCCUCCUAAUUUAAGAAGAGGAUUACCUCAGGUUCCAUACUUCAGUCUCUAUGGAGACCAAGAAGGUGCUUAUGAACAUCCAGGCUCCAGCCUUUUCCCUGAGGGUCCUACUGACUAUGUCUUCAGUCAUCUUCCACUCCACUCCCAGCAACAAGUGCGAGCUCCUAUCCCUAUGGUGCCAGUUGGUGGGAUCCAAAUGGUUCACUCCAUGCCGCCACCGGCCCCUUCCAGUUUACAUCCUCCACCCACUUUGCCUCUGCCAAUGGAGGGCUCUGAGAAGAGAGGAUCUUCAGGGGAAUCCUUUGCUAAAGAUCCCUAUGUUCUUUCUAAACAGCAUGAGAAGUGUUCGCCUCAUAUUUUGCAGUCAUCUGUUCCACAUAGUGCACCUUCCUCUCCUCGGCUAUUGAUGAAACAGAGCACUUCAGAAGACAGUCUAAAUUCGACAGAGAGGGAACAAGAAGAAAACAUACAGACUUGUACAAAAGCCAUUGCCUCUCUUCGGAUUGCCACAGAAGAGGCUGCUCUACUUGGGGCAGACCAGUCCUCUCGGGUGCAGGACCCCCCCCAGAAACCCUUGGAAAGUGCACAUGCUAGUAUUAGGCACUUUAGUGGACCUGAGCCAGGUCAUCCCUGUACCUCAGCUACCCACCCUGACUUACAUGAUGGUGAAAAGGACAAUUUUGGUACAUCACAGACUACAUUAGCUCACUCCACAUUUUACAGUAAGAGUUGUAUGGAUGACAAACAGUCAGGCUUACACAGCAGCCAAGAAUUACUUUCAGGCACAGAGGAAAGCAAAGAGCCUUCAGCAGAAAAGAGUCAGCUACAUUGAUCAAAAAUGCAUGGAGACUUUCUUUUCCAUAUCUUCCCAUUUUGUUUUUCUUUCUAGAAAUAGAGGUAACCAAGUUUAUAGCAUGCCUGUCCUAAGUUAUAGUAGUUUGCUAUUAUAUAUACUUUUGUUAUAUCAAAAGAGUUAGGUAAAUUAACAAGUCAUCAUGAGCCUGACCAAAAUGAAAUUUGAAAUUAACCUAUUGGGUCUGGUACUUUUAAAAUUGUACAGAUGUUUGUGCCUUUUCUUUACUUUGCUUAUAUUCUUAUAAGCAUUUUUUAGCAGUAAUUUGUACAUAUUUUAGAAUUUGUGUAUCUGCUUUGUAAUAAAUGUAAUUUCUUUCCUUUUUUGGACACUUGGAUCUAAAUGAUGUAAAGCAAAACAGCAUCUAUAUAUGUGAGGUUGCACUAAAACAUAUUUUUAUAUGAUUAAAAACUGAACAGCUUUUAUGUACAGCUCUUAUUCUGUAAUACUAAUAUUUAUUUACUUUGUUUCAUAAAUUGUACAUUUUUUCUUAAUGUUGUGGAUUGCUUUUCUAUGUGAAGCAUGGGAUUUACUGUUGCGUCAUAGAACAAAAAUGUAUAUUGUAAACCAGAUAUUUAAACUAGAGUAUCUUAUUCUGCACUUAUGCAUUAGUUUAAAAAAGAUCAAGGAUGUACCAGUCAGUUCUUAACUCUUGUAAAUUUUUUUGUCUCUUGUUUGCUGGAUUGACUAUAACUUAAUUGCUGAUUGUGAUUUUAAACUGAUAGUACCGUAAAGCAUUAAACUAAACAAUGUGCUAUUGUGAGUUUUUUCAAAGCUUUAUAAAUCAGCUAUAAAUAAUAUUAAAAGUAUUUGGUCUUAUGUGAACAUGUUGAUCUAUAUACUCAUCUAAAAAUAUGGGAAAACAUUCCGCCCCAUGUAAAUAUGUACAAGUGCAUCACUGGUACAGUUUUAUGUAACUCAGUUAGACACUAGGUUGCCACAGACCUAUGCUAGGGUGUCUUUAAAAAUUAAAGUGACAAAGCACAUGGGACUUUGCAGAGCUUGGUUAUCGGCCGGCCCGGUGGCUUGGCAGGCAGUGCUGUGCACUGCCCUUGAUGAAUAUUUGGGCUUAGAAAUUUCCCUGGUUCUUGCUGCACAAGAUGGUGAUUAGAACUAAGGCUACUACAAAGGGGUUGUGUUUAGGUUUAUGUAUGGAACUUGGGAAGGAGUAUAUGGAGACCAGCUCACUAGCCCUUCCUGUUAGUCAGUCCACAUGGUAACAGGGUUGGCAUCAGCUUCCGGGAGGUUCACUUUGCCCUUUUGAAGAGGGUUAAGUGUCAUACUCCUGGCUAUCUCAGGGGGAACGAGGAAAAGAAACUUUCCAGGGAGAAGAGCUUGUGAGAGGAUAAUGUCUUUUGCAUAUAACAUUCAGAAUGGACUUUGGCUAGUGUUGAAGGUGGGCAGAGCCUUUGUAGGUCCAGAGAAUGAAAGAAAUGGGGGGAGGGACAUCAUGUACACACACACGUACAUGUAUGUGCACUCACACAUAAUCUGGGUUAUGUUUGUGCUAUAUAGUGGAUUAUAAUUCUGUGAAAACAAGUUUGUAUAUUGAAUUACAUUAAGGAGUGUUCUUUAAAAAGAGAAAUAAAUAUACAAUGAUA